AUGUCUAUUAUUUCAACUUUACUAUUUCAUCAAAAAAAAAAUGUUUUAGAAGCAAUUAAUUUUAUCAGAGGUGUAUGGAAUAGUAUUACACAACAAACAAUUCAAAAUUGUUGGAAAAAAACAGAAACUGCUAUAAAUAUAAGUGGGCUUGCUACUUAUAUUAAUGAUAAUGAAAUUGUUCCAACAGAAGAGUUUUUAGAUGAUAAACAAAUUAUUGAUCUUGCAACUCAAUCUGCAGAAUUUGAUAGUAGUUCAGGUGAUGAAGAACUAGUUUUAAUAAGUCAUAAAGAGGGAUUAAAUACUUUAACUACUUUUAUUGAUUAUUUUAAACAACAAGCAGAUGCAGAAUUUAAAGUUGAAAAUUUGCAUACUUUAAAAAAAUAUAAUAAUAUU